UCCACGAAAAGUGAUAUGUGGUUAUAAAGAGUGGGGUACUGAACAGAGCGAUUGAACUUUUUAUGUGGGAAGAGGUUGUAUUCGUUUCAAUCUUACAUUUAAUCAAAGAUUUUUCAGUAAAUGUUUUUUUAAAGGCGAUCGUAAAGUUCCUGAUAUUUUGCUAAGAAAAAUGCAAGGUCUUUUAGGUAUCUUGAUAUUAAUUACUGGAGCUCAUUCUCUGUACCAUUCCAAUUCAGAUGUUGUAAAUGUUGAUUCAAGUAAUUUUGACAAUUUGGUAUUGAAUAGUGAUAAUAUUUGGGUUGUGGAAUUUUAUGCACCAUGGUGUGGACAUUGUCAACAGUUAACACCUGAAUAUAAUAAGGCUGCUACUGCUUUAAAAGGUAUUGUAAAGUUUGGCGCAGUAAAUGCAGACAAAGAUGCGACCCUUGGUUCAAAAUAUGGAAUCAAAGGUAUCCCAACGAUUAAAAUAUUUGGUGUUAAUGAUAAGCCAGAAGAUUAUAAUGGACCUAGAACUGCAGCAGGAAUUGUAGAUACUGUUUUAAAUGCAGUUAAUCAAAGGGCGCGUAGAGGGUUAGGUGGGAAAAAGAGCAGUGGAGAUUCUAAGUCUAAAGAUUCCAAAGAUGUUGUUGAAUUGACAGAUGAAAAUUUCGAUAAAAUAGUAAUGAAUUCUGAAGACAUGUGGUUGGUUGAGUUUUAUGCACCUUGGUGUGGUCACUGCAAGAACCUAGCUCCUACUUGGGCAGCUGCUGCCACAGAACUAAAAGGAAAAGUAAAAUUGGGAGCUCUCGACGCUACUGUGAAUAAAGUGAAAGCUAGUCAAUACGAAAUAAAAGGAUAUCCUACAAUUAAAUAUUUUGCACCUGGCAAAAAAUCGUUUGAUUCUGUACAAGAAUAUGAUGGUGGUCGAACAAGCAGUGAUAUUGUAACUUGGGCGAUAGAAAAAUUGGCUGAGAACGUUCCAGCUCCAGAAGUAAUUCAGAUUGUGAAUGAGGAUUCUUUGAAAUUUGCAUGUGAAGACAAACCAUUAUGUGUUAUAUCAGUUUUGCCACAUAUCUUAGAUUGUCAAUCUGAAUGUAGGAAAAAUUAUUUGAAGAUACUGGAUGAGCUUGGUGAGAAGUACAAGCAGAAAAUGUGGGGAUGGGUUUGGGCAGAAGCUAAUUCUCAACCUCACAUUGAAGAAGCAUUAGAAAUAGGCGGUUUUGGCUAUCCAGCAUUAGCAGUUGUAAAUAUAAAGAAAAUGAAGUACUCAUUACUUAAGGGAAGUUUCUCGUAUGUCGGGAUAGAUGAAUUUUUACGAGAUUUAAGUUAUGGACGAGGAGGUACAGCCCCAUUAAAAGGUGCUCAAUUACCUAAAAUUCUUACAAGAACACCAUGGGAUGGUAAAGACGCUGAACUUCCAAAAGAAGAAGAUAUCGACCUUAGCGAUAUAGAUCUUGACGUGAAAGAUGAGCUGUAAUUUGCAUAGUUGUGCAACCUCCCUCAAAAAAGUAUGCACAUCAUAUACAUGUAACAUUAAAAAUAAUUCAUUAAUUAUUUUUAUAUUAACUCAUUUUGAAUUGAUAUAACUGCAUAUUGGUGUACGAUAAUAAUAGAAUGUCAUCAUUAUCAUAGCGUUAGAAAUGUUUUUUAUUUCCAUCUGAAGUGCAUCAUAAUUUUGUUAUUCAUACAUAAAUGCUUAGGAAUUUUAGUGUGCUAAAUUAAAUGUUUAAAUACAGAGAUUCUUCCAGUGAAGUCAAUUUUAUGAGGUCUUAUCUGUUUACUAUACAGUAAAAUGAUGUAUACGUAAUUUAAACUUCAAAUGAAGUUGAACUUGUACAUUACUUUUAUUGUGUGGAAGUAAACAAAAAAGUACAACAUCAAAGAUGUGUCUGAAUAUUUUUAAACAAUUAUUUGUACAUUUUUAAAAUAAUGGUAGAUAAUAUGGAGCUGUAAAAUGUCAUAGCAAAAACAAAGUGUGUAUUUGUCGUCUGAUUGUUCUAUAAAUUUAAAUGAAUUAUUGAUACUUUGUAAUAUGUUAAGUGCAUUCCAUAGAAUAAUUGGUAUUCCCUAAAGCGGGACCAAAAUGAAACACUUAUCAACUUACAUUUACAUAUAUACUGCUAACUCUUAUGUUUAAUGAGAUGUCAUUAUUGAAUUUAGUUAUGUAGUGUCUUCCAUCAUGAUUAUAAAAGAAAUUUAUAUUGUUGUAUAACAUUAUUGUGUGAAAUACGUUUAUACAUGUACAAACUCUUAAAACGAUCACUUUUCCACUUAUAUUUACUUAAUUAUAACCCUAACUUACGUUUUUAUUAAAU